AUGUUGGAUGGCAGUUCCCAGGUGGUGCUCGGGGGUGUCCACCCAGGACUCCUCGAGCAUGCGCGCCCUGGAUCGGCACUCGGACUCCGCCAACGACAGCCCUUCUGCUCCGAUCCCGAGGGCUGGGGCCCCCUCAGCUCAUCGAGGUUCGACCUGACGCCAUGCUUUCUUGACGUGAUCGUGGCCCUCGUGGCGGUCUGGGGCGUGAUCGCUGGUGCCGGUGCGCUGUGGCUUUUGUUGCGGAAACGCAUUCCCCAGCCGGUGUCCAAGAACUGGCAUUUCUAUGCCAAGCUGACUGUGCUCGGCACUCUGAUCUUCGCUACCGCCCUGCAAGCCGCCAUUCAAGUCGAGCGACAGCCUACGACCUUUUGGGCCGACUUCCGCUUCUGGUCGUCCAUCGCCACGAUCGCCUCGCUCGGUGUGAUCUAUGCAGUGCAAUACUUUGAACAUUGGCGCAGCCGACAGCCCAAUGGGGUCGUGCUGUUUUACUGGAUCUUUUUCAUCAUCGCCUACGCUAUCAAGCUGCGGUCGCAGGUGGACCGGAAGGAGUACCUUCACCAUCUUCCAUACUUUGUCUGUAUCAACGUCAGUCUGGGGCUGGCGCUUCUUGAGUUCGUGCUGGAAUACUUUGUUCCCAAGAAGCAAAGCGCCUAUGACGCCUUGGGCGAUGAAGAUGAAUGUCCUUACAACUAUGCGGACAUCUUCUCCGUCCUCACCUUCAGCUGGAUGACGCCCAUGAUGAAGUUCGGAUACACAAACUUCCUGACCCAAGAUGAUCUGUGGAAUCUCCGGCGUCGUGAUACCACCCGUGUCACUGGUGGGGACUUGAAAGCGACAUGGGAGGACGAGCUGCAGCGGAAGAAGCCGUCUUUAUGGAUUGCCCUUUUCCGGGCAUUUGGUGGCCCCUACGCUCGUGGUGCGGUGAUCAAAUCGGGAAGCGACAUGCUCGCCUUUGUUCAGCCACAGCUCCUUCGGCUUCUGAUUAGCUUCAUCGAUUCGUAUCGUCAUCCGGACCCACAACCGGUGAUGAGAGGUGUCGCAAUUGCCCUGGCCAUGUUCCUCGUCUCGAUCUGUCAGACGAUGUGUCUCCAUCAAUACUUCCAGCGAGCCUUUGACACUGGUAUGCGAGUCAAAUCGUCUUUGACCGCUCUUAUCUAUGCCAAGUCAUUGCGGCUGUCCAAUGAGGGCCGCCUAUCAAAGACGACUGGCGACAUUGUCAAUCAUAUGGCUGUUGACCAACAGCGCCUGGCGGAUCUGACACAGUUUGGUACACAACUAUUGUCAGCUCCGUUCCAAAUCACACUGUGCAUGGUGUCCCUCUACCAGCUCGUUGGUGUGAGCAUGUUUGCUGGUGUCGGAGUCAUGAUCCUCAUGAUUCCGCUGAACGGCGUAAUUGCGCGGUUGAUGAAGAAACUCCAGAUUAUCCAGAUGAAGAACAAGGACUCAAGGACAAGAUUGAUGACCGAGAUUCUGAAUAACAUCAAGAGCAUCAAGCUUUACGCUUGGAACACCGCCUUCAUGAACAAGCUCAGCCAUAUUCGAAACGAUCUGGAACUCAACACUCUCCGGAAAAUCGGUGCCACCCAGUCCAUUGCCAACUUCACUUGGCAGUCUACGCCUUUCUUGGUGUCUUGCUCAACCUUUACGGUCUUUGUUUUGACCAGUGAUCGCCCCUUGACCACGGAUAUCGUCUUCCCGGCUCUGACCCUUUUCAAUUUGCUCACUUUCCCGCUUUCAAUUCUGCCCAUGGUGAUCACGUCGAUCAUUGAGUCUUCUGUCGCCGUGAAGCGGCUGACAGAGUACUUCACUGCGGAGGAGUUGCAGACCGACUCUGUUCUAUUCCAAGACUCUGUGGCGCAUACGGGUGAUGAGUCGGUUCGCAUUCGCGACGCUUCAUUCACCUGGAAUCGCCAUACAGGUGAAGAUGUUCUCAAGAACAUUGACUUGAGCGCACGCAAGGGCGAGCUCAGUUGUAUCGUGGGUCGCGUUGGGUCCGGCAAGUCUUCGCUGCUCCAAGCACUACUCGGUGAUCUGUGGAAGACGCACGGUGAAGUGGUUGUCCGGGGCCGUAUUGCAUAUGUUGCACAAUCACCGUGGGUGAUGAAUGCCAGCAUUCGGGAGAAUAUUGUCUUUGGCCAUCGUUGGGACCCGUCUUUCUACGACCUCACUGUUGAGGCCUGUGCUCUGCUCGACGACUUCAAGAUCAUGCCUGAUGGAGAUCUGACAGAGGUCGGCGAGCGAGGCAUCUCACUUUCAGGAGGACAGAAAGCAAGACUGACUCUCGCUCGGGCUGUCUACGCUCGUGCCGACGUUUAUCUUCUUGACGAUGUCCUCUCGGCAGUGGAUCAGCAUGUCGGCCGUCAUAUCAUCAACAAAGUGCUUGGCUCGGGCGGUCUUCUUAACGGCAAGACCAGAAUCCUCGCAACCAAUGCCAUCACUGUUCUAAAAGAGGCAGACUUCAUUGGGUUGUUGCGCGACAAGACCAUCAUCGAGAAGGGCACGUACGAACAGCUGUUGGCAAUGAAGGGCGAAAUCGCCAAUCUUGUCCGUACUACGAUGAUUGAGCCAGAGGAUGAGGGCGAUGCUAGCGGCUCCGAGGAUGGUCUCGCCAGCCCGGCGGACAGUUCGGACUCGACGACCGUGAUUGAAAACGGAGGUGACGCUUCAGAUGAAGAAGUGGAGCAGCCCGGGUCUCUCGUUCCUAUUCGGGCGGCUGUUGAUGCUCGUCGACGCACCAGUACCGUUACUCUUCGACGUGCAAGCACUGCGAGCUGGCAGGGCCCCAGACGCAAACUGGGAGAUGAGGAGAAUGUCCUCAAGAGCAAGCAAACCCAAGAAAUGUCGCAGCAAGGCAAGGUCAAAUGGGGCGUGUACGGCGAGUACGCCAAAGAAAGCAACAUUGUUGCAGUUGCCUUCUACUUGUUUGCCCUUCUGGCCGGACAGACCGCUCAAGUGCUUGCUAACUUCUGGCUGAAGAGCUGGACUGAGUAUAACGAAGCACAUGGGACCAAUGAUGACGUGGGCACGUUCAUUGGCGUCUAUCUCGCCUUUGGUCUGGGCUCAUCCGUCUUGGUUAUUUUCCAGAACCUUAUCUUGUGGAUUUUCUGCUCGAUCGAGGCAUCUCGUAAACUGCAUGAGCGCAUGGCAUUCGCCAUCUUCCGCUCUCCCAUGAGCUUCUUUGAGACGACGCCGUCUGGUCGAAUUCUCAAUCGGUUCUCUAGCGAUAUCUACCGAGUUGAUGAGGUACUUGCUCGCACGUUCAACAUGCUCUUUGCCAACUCUGCUCGCGCUAUCUUUACGAUGGUUGUCAUUGGUACAUCGACUCCCGCCUUUUUAAUCCUGGUCAUUCCGCUGGGCUGGGUUUACCUGAGCUACCAGAAAUACUACCUGAGAACCUCGCGCGAGUUGAAGCGUCUUGAUAGCGUCACUCGGAGUCCGAUCUAUGCCCACUUCCAGGAAUCAUUGGGUGGUAUCUCGACCAUUCGUGCCUAUCGACAGGAGAACCGUUUCGCGCUAGAGAAUGAGUGGCGUAUGGAUGCCAACCUACGGGCGUAUUUCCCGUCCAUCAGUGCUAACCGGUGGCUCGCGGUUCGCCUUGAAUUCAUCGGCUCCGUUAUCAUCCUGGCGUCCGCCACGCUUGCUAUCGUCUCUGUGACAACUGGCAGCGGUCUUUCCGCUGGCAUGGUUGGUCUGGCCAUGUCUUAUGCGCUGCAGAUCACGCAGUCUCUAAAUUGGAUCGUUCGCCAGACUGUGGAGGUCGAGACUAACAUUGUGUCCGUCGAACGAGUGCUUGAGUACGCAAGCCUCCCCAGUGAAGCACCAGAGGUGAUCUUCAAGCGCCGCCCUGCCAUCGGCUGGCCGGGGCAGGGUGCUGUCUCUUUCAAGGACUACAGCACCCGGUACCGUCCUGGGCUGGAUCUGGUGCUCAAGAAUAUCGAUCUUGACAUAAAGCCACAUGAAAAGAUCGGUGUUGUUGGUCGGACGGGUGCUGGGAAGAGCUCUCUUACGCUGGCCUUGUUCCGGAUCAUUGAAGCUGACAGCGGUAGCAUCAGUAUUGACGGACUUGAUGUGGGUACAAUUGGCUUGUUUGACCUUCGUGGACGCCUAGCCAUUAUUCCUCAAGAUCCGGCUAUGUUUGAGGGCACUCUGCGCGACAAUUUGGAUCCUCGCCAUGUUCACGACGACACCGAGCUCUGGAGCGUGCUAGACCAUGCGAGAUUGAAGGAGCACGUCUCCGGUAUGGAGGGCCAGCUGGAUGCUCAGAUCCAAGAGGGAGGGUGCAAUCUGAGUCAAGGUCAACGCCAGCUGGUGUCCCUUGCAAGGGCGCUGUUAACACCCAGCAAUAUCCUUGUGCUAGACGAGGCAACCGCGGCUGUUGACGUGGAGACAGAUGCGUUGCUUCAGCGGACCCUCCGCAGCAGCAUCUUCCAAGACCGCACCAUCAUCACGAUCGCGCACCGAAUCAAUACGAUCAUCGACUCUGAUCGAAUCGUUGUGCUGGACAAGGGUCGAGUGGCGGAAUUUGACACGCCGGCGGAGCUGAUCAAGAGAGGCGGCCGCUUUUACGAGCUCGCUAAGGAAGCUGGCUUGCUAGACAGCGAUGGCCUGAUCGCCUCCCCACAUAUUGCGUAA